AUUCCUUACCUGUAUUGUUGUUCGUGGUAUUUUUUCCAGAUAUUCUCGUUAAUUCAGUUAAAUAUAAGCAAAUACAUUUAUUGCCUAAUAUAUUUUAAUAUGUAAAUAUCUUGACUGACACAAAAACUUAGUGUUUUACCCUAAAAUACUGCAUAAAAUCUCAACUUAAAAACGUCAUAGUUCAAACCACGUUAGAAAUCGCCAAAAAAUGGGCGGAAAGGCAGAAAAAGGGACUCCAAAGUACAUAGCGAACAAGAUAAAGGCUAAGGGCUUGCAAAAGUUGCGAUGGUACUGUCAAAUGUGCCAGAAACAGUGUCGAGACGAGAAUGGAUUCAAGUGCCAUACUAUGUCGGAGUCUCAUCAAAGACAGCUGCUUCUCUUCGCUGAUAACGCUUCUAAAUACAUCGAUCAGUUCUCUAAAGAGUUUGCCGAUGGCUACAUAGAGCUGCUACGCCGUCAGUUUGGCACUAAAAGAGUGAACGCAAAUAAAGUGUACCAGGAUUAUAUAUCUAACAGAGAUCAUCUCCACAUGAACGCAACACAAUGGGAGACUCUCACAGAGUUUGUCAAGUGGCUGGGACGAGAAGGCAAGUGUGUUGUAGACGAGACGGAAAAGGGGUGGUUCGUCGCGUACAUCGACCGGGACCCAGCGGCCAUCGCUGCCCAGGAGGCUAAAGCGAAGAAGGAGAAGAUGGAUAAGGAUGAUCAGGAGAGGAUGCUGGAGUUCAUCCAGAAGCAAGUAGAACGUGGGAAGAAAGAGAGUACCAGGGCGGAGGAGCCUUCAUACUCUGAGUUUAAGAGGGAAAGCAGCCAGGAGAGAGUCACACUCAAUCUCAACCUCAAGAGAAAGACUGAAGAUAAGAAACCCGAACUCUCCGCUUCGGCGUUAAAACUAAAGAACAAAGAAGAAUCUUCUAGCAAGAAACAGAAGACGGAAGAAGGUAAGAGCAGAUCCUCGGCGCUGGAUGACAUCAUGAAGAUGGAAGAACGUGCGAAAGAGAAAGCUAAUCGCAAGGACCACUGGCUGGCUGAGGGCAUCGUAGUGAAGAUUGUAACAAAGUCCCUUGGUGACAAGUUUUACAAGCGGAAAGGUGUUGUGGAGAAAGUUGUGGACUUGUACGGGGCCCAGGUGCGGCUGGUCGAUGAGAAGACGCGGCUGAAGCUGGAUCAGAACCAUCUAGAGACAGUAAUCCCGUCCCAGGGGCGGGCGGUGCGGUUCGUGAACGGCGCAUACCGCGGGGAGGUCGGGGCCAUGCGGGACAUAGACACUGACAACUUCUGCUGCGAUGUCGAGAUAUCAGAAGGGCCGCUGACGGGUCGCCUUGUCAAGAAUGUUCAGUACGAAGAUAUAAGCAAGUUGGCCACGUAAAAUAGUACACAUAACACCAAUAUAAGCUGCAAUCAAAGAGCAAAAGUUCAGUCACUGAGCCCAGCGACUUAUUUGUAAACAGUGGUGAAAUUAUGAACCAUUAGUUGUGAUCACAGGAUUUUAAGGAGAAACAAGGAAACGAUGUUGUCAGCACGGUGUCGGUUUUAAUAGAGAGAAAAAUAUGUUCGCAUAAAUACCAGGCGGCGCUCGGGUGCCAUCGAUAUAAACUAGCGACAUCUAUUGUACAGUAGGUUCUAGAUACGUUGGUACCCCUUCGAAUUCCCAUACUAACUAGCGGCAUCUAUCGCCGAUGGCAGGUUACCAUUAGGAAUUCCCUCCAUUCAAUGACAGAUGGCGCUGCUCGUAAUUCCGCUACUCGCGGCUAGGUGGCGCUGCUCGUAAUUCCGCUACUCGCGGCUAGGUGGCGCUGCUCGUAAUUCCGCUACUCGCAGCUAGGUGGCGCUGCUCGUAAUUCCGCUACUCGCGGCUAGGUGACGCUGCUGGUAAUUCCGCUACUCGCGGCUAGGUGGCGCUGCUCGUAAUUCCGCUACUCGCUGCUAGGUGGCGCUGCUGGUAAUUCCGCUACUCGCGGCUAGGUGGCGCUGCUCGUAAUUCCGCUACUCGCGGCUAGGUGGCGCUGCUGGUAAUUCCGCUACUCGCGGCUAGGUGGCGCUGCUGGUAAUUCCGCUACUCGCGGCUAGGUGACGCUGCUGGUAAUUCCGCUAGUCGCGGCUAGGUGGCGCUACAUGUCACACAACAGGGAAAUAUGGAGAAAUCAAAUUUUAAUAAUUAUAUAAUUAUGCUGUCUUGUGACAGUUGUCAUAAUUAUAAAAUGUAUAUUUUGUAGGUGGUCUAUUACAGAAACGACAUGUAACUAUGUGUGUGACAUGUGGUCUUAAGUGCAACCAGUUAAUUUAUUAUUUUCCAAGAAAUUGAUUGGACUUUUGCAGCUCAUCGUACAUCCAUCGCAAGAUGAACUAAGCGCCCACGCCUCACCGAGUUUUCUGUUAGACCAACGUGAUAGGUGAGCCGUACCGCCGUCUAUAAUGGUCGAGCCAACUGUGUUAGUGAAAACUGCACUUGAGAUAAAUUAAUAACUCAUUGGUGCAAGUCUAGUAUCGGGGUUCAAGCCGACCCGACAUGAACCGAAAUGUAAUUAUUAUUUAAUUAAUAAGGGGGGUUAAAAUGGCCACAUCGAAGCGAUUCAUCUAAGAAAGCAAUAUUGCAAUUUGACAUUUGCGCAAUGCAAACUAAUGUCAAAUAGCUAUGUUACUUUCUUAGAUGAAUCGCUUCGAUGUGGCCAUUUUAAUCCCCAAGUUAGUGUUAUUAAUAAUAGAUUUUAUAUUUUAU